UAUGAUUUGAUUAUACAAUGCCUAUAAAAGCAAUAGAUUUCAAAUCAGAUUCGUCGGUUUCUCAGGUCAACGACUGACCCUCAUUACUGCCCAAAUCUCAGGGAUCCAUUCCAAGAUCCCAAAACUCUUUCUGGGUUUCUCUCUCCAUCCCUCGAUCUCAAAUGGGUCGGAAGCCAAUUGACUCCGAACCCACUCGCUGGGCCCCUCUGGCCCUCCUCUUGAUGGGUCUCCUCUCUUGUACAGUGGUCUACAUGUUUGCAUCAACGGUUUUGAGAAACACCAAUGAGUCUUUGGAAAUGGUCGGGGGACACGGUGGGGAUGACGAGGGUUUAGAGAGAGAGAGUGGGGAGUGUUGUAGAGGGAUGGAGAAUUUGGAGCUGUGGGGGGCUGCUGUGAAGUGGGGUUCUGAAUUCAAGUUUAAUUCUUCUGAGGAGUGUUGUAGAGCUUGUAAGGCCAUGUGUACGGGGAAUGAUGGGCCUUGUUUGUGUGACACUUGGGUUUUCUGCGGGAACCGGGAUGCGUGUGGAUCGCAAUUCGGUGAGUGCUGGUUAAAGAAACAGAAAGAUACCUUAGCUCCUGAACGGCAAGAGGCAGGAAACAAGGUCAGUUGGACGUCUGGCCUUAUCUUUGGAAAAGGCGAGGGCAUUGUUGGCUUGGAAACAGAAUAUGGCACGCUUCAUAUAAAGCUUUUUCCAGAUUGUGCUCCAUAUUCGGUUGCCUUCAUUCUUGAGUUGUUGAAUGUGCGCCACUGUGCGGGUUGCCAAUUUUAUCGUGCAGAGGGUCGUGGCCAAAUUUGGGACUCACAAGGAAACCACUUAAAAGAUGCUUCCUUUGGUCCUCCAUUUGCAUUGAUUCAAGGAACCCUUGAAGCCCAGGGAACCACCUUCCAGAAGAUCCCCAUCGAAGUCUGCCCAGACAUCAGGAGAGGUUCGGUUGCUUGGAUUGGCUCCGGUCCAGAAUUCUUUAUAAGCUUAGCAAAUCACAAAGAGUGGAAGAAAUCAUACACUGUGUUUGGUUCUGUUCUUCCAGAAGACAUGGAAAUUGCAGAGAAAAUCGCACACCUCCCCACAACUCCCGAUGUUUGGAACAACAUUAAUGUUUCGGUGUUGGAAAAGCCCGUACCCUUGCGGAUUCGGCAGAUUAAAAAGGCCACUGCUUGAGCAGCUUGUCCGAAUGGUUUGAUCUGGAUGCUUGUUUAUACAUAAGUAAAACUGAUGGUGCAAAUUAACUUCCUGUGUACUGUUGUUUGUUGUACCUGUACUCAGUUUUGUAACUCCUUCCGGUAAUGAAGAUAAAUAAACGAUGGAUUUCCGGGA